GUUUCAUUUAGCAAUCGCACCAAUCCAUUCAAUAUAAUUAUAGUAACUAGUUGUGCGCGUUGACUCGUAAAUCAAUUACUUUACAAUCGUUAUCAAUGGUCGUAUAACUGUCAUGUUGUUUUCUGCCUAGGGCACAGGAACACCUUGUUACAGUUCUGAUUACAAGUCGAUGCGUCGCACGCGCGCGCGCGCGCGCGCGACCAUGAUUUCAUUACGCAAAUUCUUCAGACUUAAGAUUAACGAUUGGAUCGGUUCGAACAAAUAUCACGUACCUCCGUAUUAUUCAUUUCAUAUCGAAGAUCCAUUAUAUGAUACUAGUUUAACUCGAUUACUCAAUUCAUAAUCGUAGUUUUUAAUAAGAGCUCAAAACUCUUAGCAUUACAAAUAUCAUUUCUUUAGAAUCAUAUUAGAAAUAUUUGGCUAUCUCAAAGUUCCGGAUCAAACGGAAGUCAUAGUUGUGAAAGUAGAGCAAUCUUAUACGAUGCCAAGUGUCCUGAAUGAGAAAUUUCAUUGAACCUCAAGGACAUCUUUUCAGAUGAGAUCAGCACGCAUUCGUCGUUUUACUUUAAUUCAAACUUGAACGCAAUAUGAUUGUAUAUGUUUGCAUUGGGCAAUGCUCUUACGUGUUAAAAAAAAAAAAAAAUAGGAAAAGUAAUCCUUGGAAAGAGUAGGAACUCGAAUGAUUUAGGAUAACUAUUAUUAAAAAAAAAUAAAGAUGAUUUUGCAUUGUAACUUUAAUGGAAACUUUCAAUAAUUUAAAAAACAAUUAUAUAUUAAAACAGCAUAUGAUUUAUGCAUUACCGUUCAAGAUGUCGUUAUUUUUUUGAAUGAAUAAUAAAAAAAAAUGGUACUUAUUCUCUGAUUAACAAUUGAUAUUUAGUUAUGAUUAUAUCUAACUAAAUAACCAUAAUCGGUAAUCGUUAAUUCGACCACAUAUUUUACCGAACUUAACCCAUCAGGGACGUCUGAUUUUCAAGGACCAGAAAGUGCACGCGAAUCGAAAUGAAAGUUAUAUAUAUAUACAUAUAUACCUUAGCCUUCUUAAAGUAUCCUUCUUGAUCGUUUUCCAACCCAGGUGGCGUAUACGUAUAUUCUAGAAGGGGGAUGUUGGGGAGCAUAUGCAUCGUCGUCGACAUUCACCCAAGACGUUCGAACUGGAUCAGUUCUUCGAAAUAUCUGCACUACGUUGCAACAAUUUCGUUCUGUUUCGUUUUAUUUGUCUGAAUUUAUUUUAUUUGAAAUUUUGAUCCGGAAAUCUCGCGAUUUCUUUAUAGUGUCAUUGUUGAAACGGAUAAUUACGGUGCUCCUACAUAAUAACAUUAUAGUGCUUAUAAGAAACAUUAAAAAGAAAGAACGAUAAUAAUAUAUACAGAUUAUAGUCGGAUAUAUAUUUGAAAUAUACGUAUAUUGAAGCGCGGCAAAAGUACCGCCAAAUUUCAAGCUACUCAUGUUACAGGCAAAAGCAUUAGUCCUUUUAUCGGUAAUAGCAACCAUCAAAGCUUUACCAAUCGCCAAUGUUCAUGUGAAAUUCGUCUCUCGACCUCACGUAUACGAACAUGGUAUUACAACAGACGGAGAUCGUACGAUUUAUCAAAAAUCCUUUGUUUCGAUCGGACGAAGAAGCAUUCCCUCGAAUCCACGAAGACAAUUUGGAGAACGUAUACAUACUGAUAUCAACUUGCAAGAAAUUCCAGAAAUUGGAAAAUACGCAACAAUAAUAAAACCGGAAAAUGCUGAAUCAUUAUGGCCAGUUGGAGUCUUUCUUCCCCCCAUAGAUGUGAAUGACCUUAGCCAUACUUCUCAGGAAUCUAGACAUAUAACACCCGAUUACAGUAACGGUUUAAAAUAUCACGAUCCUUUGCUUCUGACCGGUACGGAAGCAAUGAUGGUGGUGAAAUACAUCUAUGGCCGCGGCGAACUCUUUUACGAGGAUUUUCCACACGUACGUGCUAUAUUGCGGAAUCAAGAAGAGAGAAGAUUAAAUGGUCUACAUGAUCAUAUUCUAAGCAGUCUAAGGCCUAGCUCCCCUUUUUACAAAAGACAGCAACAUUAAAAAUGUAAAUUUGAAUUUGGCCGAAAAGAUCCAUCGUACGGUAAUACAUAAUAUCAAGGUUAGUAACGAAUAGGAUAUAUUGGCGUUAAUCGCUCCGUUGCAAAGAUCUCCGAGGCAAAGGCACAUGUAAACUUUUCUAUAAUUCCACGUAGUAUAAGCGCAU